UCAGUGGGUGUACACUCGCGCGUCCCGAUUCAAUCACCCACUCGUCGCGCGACGCGCUCAUUUCGCGCCGGGGUUUGUCCUGCGACGCACGCUCCCGCAACCCAACUCACAGUGAAACCAUCAAAUCAUCAACAAUGGAAGUGGACAGUGCUAAUAAUGAAAACAACAACAACAACAAUAAUAAAUUAUCAGUUACACCAUUCUCCAUCAAUGACAUCCUAAGUGGUAACCGGAAGUCACCGGAAACAAAAUUAAAUCUCGAGGAUACAGCCAUGGAUGAUCAGGAUCACGAAGAUAUCAUGGAGUUGAAUGUUGUGAGUGACAGCAGUGAUGAAAACGAAGAGAAAGCCAUCGAUAUGCGUAAAAUCAGCGCCAUUUCCGGUUUCACCAAAGAUCGUUUUUAUUCUUCGUCAACAUUCGCUGAUUACCAUCAACACUACGAGUCAUUACCUAUGGACCGCGUCCAAUCAUCACACGCCAGUGGUAGUGGUAGUAAUGCUGUUGCUUCAUCAUCUUCUUCACCCUCGGCGGCGGCGCGGAAGAAGCGUUCACGCGCCGCCUUCACCCACGCGCAGGUGUUCGAAUUGGAGCGUCGUUUCAGCCAGCAGAGAUAUCUCAGUGGACCCGAGCGGGCCGACCUUGCGCAAGCUUUAAAACUCACCGAAACACAAGUGAAGAUCUGGUACCAGAACAGACGCUACAAAACCAAGCGCAAAGCACUCCAGCUUCAAGAGAGUACGUUGCUCAAUCAGAAUGCGCGUAAAGUGGCGGUUAAAGUCCUGGUCAAGGAUGAUAUGCCGAUAUUCUUACAGCAUCAGAAGCCCAUGUAUAAUAAGAGCUUCUAUCCGGGUGCGACGGAAGCUUUCUACGAACGGUUUAAUAAUAUCAACGGAUUGAAGUAUGGGAAAUCGUUACAGGAAUCUAUGAUGUCACUUUGUCAACAAUAUGGCGGCGGGAUGCAUCAGUUAUUCCCGUAUUUUAAUUAUUAUCAUCCUGGGGGUGGUGGUGGGGGUAGUGUUGGGUUAAAUUCACAAGUUGGGAGCUCAGGGGAGGAUCCAACUGAUGUUGAACAUUCUAGUAAUUAAUUUUUAGGUUAUGUAUUGAAUAAACCAAAGGAAUAACCAAAGCAAUUUUAAUUUUUAGUGAAUUAGAGUUUAAUCACUUUGUAUAUAAAGUUUAGGCACUGAUUAUUACUUAGACUGUUUAAUAUUUAAUUUGUUGAUAUUGUGAAC